CAAGGCUCCAAAAAGCACUAACAUUAACAAAGUUUGCAUGACCUGUAAGUCAUUCUAUUUAUUAAUUUCCAAGCACACAGGGGAACGGACCGGUCCAUGCUUGGGUAUCUUAAGCGCAUCGAAACUGAUUCCAUUCACACAACAACUGGCCGCUGGGGACCUUCCCAUUAAGCCAUGCUUUGUACCUACCGAGUACACCAAAGCUUUUGCAAUGCAAGGCAUGCAGCUGUAGUAGUAGAGAUACAGCUAGACUAACUGUGGUCUGUGGCUAAAGGAGGCAUCAAUCCCAUCCCUAGUGCUCUAUUGGUAUCGUAAAGCUUGCAAUGGGAAGCAGGGAAAGCAGACGAGUCGGUGGUCGCCGGAGGUCAUCAUCCCCAUCCAUUGGAGCUGAACAUGAGGAUAAUACCGACGAAUCUUGUGCUGCAAACAGAUCGCCCAAAGGUGCAUGUAGCAGAACACCUCACCCAUCUUAUCAUCGUUCCUCUCUGCGCACCACGCCAGCAAAGUCAUCUUGAGGAGAGAGAGAUAGAGAAGAGGGGCCGUACAAGCAGUCGACGUUGGAGCAGAUCCUGGAGGAGCCGAUCCUACCAGGGACCGCCCGCUGCGGCGCACAAGGUCGGACCCUAUUCGCCGGUAUACGACUCAUCUAGAGCCAGACAAGCCCAAGUCUUUCCAAUUUUAGCCAUCAGCUUGCAUUUGGUUUUCUUGAUCAAUCAAGUCUGGCUAGCCCAAAAUUAUGUUCGGUUGCUUGUACAUCUCAUAUUAUAACCGUGUCUUGGCUGUUGAGUCAAGUUACAGAUCUCUUUCCCAUCUCUCUCACUGGUCGACCUCGACGCCGAUAGUGAGGUGUGCUGCUACAUGCAAGCCACGACAGCGAGAGCCGCUGUGGGCGGGAGCCGGAGUUCCACCAUGGCCGCAAGCAGGAGCCAGAGCUUCACUCUCGCCGUGAGUGGGAGCCCGAGCUUCGAUGCUGCAUGUGGGAGCCCGAGCUUCACCGCCACCGUGGGCCGGAGCCACUAGUAAAGAAAAACAGAGUAGAUGAUUCUGCAGUAGAGUAUGGCAGGUUUUUUUUCGCACCUACAGUACAAGGAGGCCACACCCGUGGAUUGAUCCCGAGGAUAAGAUCAUGGUGCUCCACGCCAUUAUGUUCCCCCAACAGUCCAAGAACGAAAACGUGGUCAGCUCAGAGAUUUCAGAAGUACUUUCACCGGGAGAUUUCAUGAAGACAAUAGUUAGACAUGGUGACGGUUCCUAUUUACCACAGAAAGGCGUUGGAGUGGAAGUUCAUCUUACGGCAACUUCCUCAGAUGGAUGCCAGUUUUUUUCAACCAGGCAGGGAGAAAAUAAUCCUUCGAGUUUUGUUCUUGGAGCUGUGGAAGGAGGAGGAGAAGAAGAAGAAGAAGAAGAAGAAGAAGAAGAAGAAGAAGAAGAAGAAGAAGAAGAAGAAGAAGAUAAUGAUAGUGGUGGUGGUGCUGAUUAUGACAUAAAGAAAGAAUAUAAUGACGAUGGGGACGGCAACAUAGGUCAUGAAGAAGAAGAAAACGAGGAGGAGGACGAGGAGGAGGAGGAGGAAGAAGAAGAAGAAGAAGAAGAAGAAGAAGAAGAAGACACUAUCGACAAAGGUGAGAUUGCCGCCCUACUGCACACAGCUAUUGGGACAAUGAGGAUCGGUGAGAGAGCCGUGUUCACCAUCGCAUUCUCCUCACCCAGCGAUGAAAAUGGUAACUCUGGUACAGCUGCGUCAGUUGAUUCGGUUCAAUACGAUAUCGAGCUGUUAACUGUUUUUCAAGACCUUCACGGGGAUGGAGGCGUAAUAAUGAAGUUGACUUCUGGAGGUUGCGAUUGGAGCGUAAGUAGUUGGAAGGUUCAGCCAAGGGAGUCAGACUGCUAUGUAACUGUAAAAUAUGAAGCUCGGCUAACUAAUGGAACAUUAAUAACUAAAUCUGAUGGAAUCGAAUUUGCUGUCGAGGAUGGUCACUUCUGCCCGGCAAUGUCAACUGCUGUGUUAUUUCUGAGGGAGAGACAGAAAGCAAAAUUAACUGUCGAGCCAAAAUAUGCAUUUGGUGAUGAAGGAAGACCAGCAGGAAAAGCUGAUGAUGGCGAAGUGCCACCGGAUGCAACUAUUGAAGUCAACCUUGAAUUGCUCUUUAUCAGCUUUGUUUUCGGCGUUGGUCACGAUGAGACGACACGAGUCAGAACGCUAAGAAGAGGGCACGGGAGAGAAUGUGCCGGCGAGGACUCGUUAGUACAAGUUCGACUGAUCGGAAGACUACAAGAUGGGACUGUUUUUGUGAAUAAAGGACAUAACGGAACAAAAACCUAUGAAAUCAAGACAAGCCAAGACCAAGUUGUAGAUGGACUUGAUGAAGCUAUAACGCACAUGACUGAAGGGACCGUUUAUUUGGUGACGGUACCUCCAGAUCAUGCAUUCGGCUCUGAAGGAUCACAGCAGCAGUUAGCAUUUGUUCCCGCAAAUGCUACUGUAACAUUUGAAGUGGAGCUAGUAUCCAUUAUCUCAAAAAGGAAGCAUUUUGGCAACAUGGAAACGAAGGAAUGUAUCAACACCGCUUGGAAGAAAAAAGAGGAGGGUGAUGAGUUGGUCAGGUUCAAACAAUACAAACAGGCCUCGAAGAGAUAUGAUAAGGCUGUAGAGAUGAUUUCGCUACAGCUUCCGUUUGAUGAAAGAUUCAUAUACACGAUAGAAGAAAUUGAAGCAUAUCUAUACAUAAAAGACGAAAUUGAAGCGGGAAGAGCGCAACAAAUUCCAGUAUCUCAGAUAGAUGCUUGGGGCGAAUUCAACUUUCAGUAUGCAAUUGAAGAAAUAGACAAAUACGAGGAACUCAGAAUGCUAAUUAUUCCUUCAAAUCUCCGUAAUGCUGAAUGCCAAAUGGAACUUGAAAACUACCAGAAGGCAGCUCAACUUUGCACCGAGGUAUUGAUACUUGAUAGCAAGCACACCGAAGCACAAUGUAUCCGAUCCCAAGCCUACUCCCUGCUGUCGGACAACCGUUUGACAGAGCUGGAUAUCAUGAGUACCCUGGAGGACUUGGGGUUGAAUCGUGCUCCUGAAAACGAUCUGGGGCGACGGCUGUGGCUAUUCAACCGGUACAGGUACUACCGACUGUACGGAUCAAAGAGUUUCAUGGGAGGAUGCAAGCCAACGAGGAAAUAUUCAGAACAGAGAAGCCUAAGAACGAAAGACAUCUUAGAUGACUAUGCUACAAUGAUAUGAUACCAACGAACUUCCUCGUUUAAGUGAUCUUUAAACUCAGUCAAACUGUUGUACAAUAAUGGUGGCGGAAAUAAACAUCCAAGUCCUGUCAUUUUUCUCAA